UGAGCAGUCCAAUUCAUACAAGCUGUAAGCGUUUAUGAAAAUCCUAGCAAAUCUAAAAACAUUGGAGCUUUGACUGUUUAAACUUAAAAAAGAUUUUUACACUUUGACGAAGUAAUAUAAGAAAUGUAGACUUGGUUGGUGAAAGAAAAUGUAAUUUAUUUUCAAGUGAAUAGCUUAGUGCGAAACGCUUUGUUCGAAUGCUCAGGAAGUAAGAAGAAAAAUAGAAGAAAAACAAGGAAAGCAAGAAAAAGAUCUAAAAGUCGUUGGAGAGACUAUGGCAUUGUUAAAUUUUCUUUUAAAUGUUAAUGCUAGAAUUUUGCAUUCUAUGUUGCCAACACACCAUAUAUUACUUUUUGGUAUACUUGCGUACUUGAUUAGGUACUGCUCUACAGCUUGUUAUGACAAAUCGAACAGACCUAUAACGUGCAUAACCUCACCUGUAAAUAGCGCAUUAAAUCAACAUAUCAACGCAACAAAUACUUGUGGCACUCCCCCGGAGGGGUAUUGUUUUAUAGGUCCUCAGCGUCAGUGCGAAGUAUGUGACAAAAACAAUCCAUUGAAAAGCCAUCCAGCGCAUAACAUGGUGGAUAAAUUUAGCUUGACAAAUGUAUCUUGGUGGCAAUCCCAAACAUGGUGGACUUCUAACCAAUUAGGUUUGUCGAAAAUGUUCGACCCAUUAAAAGUAAACAUAACUCUGACUUUGCGCAAAAAAUAUUUAAUCAGCGGAGGAGUGUACGUCACCUUCAAGACUGAACGUCCCAAACAAAUGAUUAUUGAGCGGUCCAAUGACUUCGGAAAAACAUGGCACGUGUAUCAAUAUUACGCUCAAAAUUGUCGGUCAGCAUAUAACCUUCAGCCCGACCCCCCAAUUAGUACCGUUGACCCAUUUAAACAAAUCUGCUCCGAAUUAUACAGUGGCGAGUUUCCUCGAAGUGGCGGAGUUGUUCAUUUCGAUCCAAGAACUCGCUAUAAGCCAGCAGAUUAUUAUAACACAGAAGUCCAUAAAUACCUUGAAGCAACAAAUAUUCGAUUGCGACUUGAAUAUCCAGGAACAGAUGGUCGAGAAUACAUUAAUGAAGAAUCUACUUUAAAUCAAUACUUCUACGCCAUAAACGACUUGCGCGUCGACGCAAGAUGCGAUUGUAAUGGUCACGCAGAGUUCUGCGAUAUAUUAGACUCGUUUGAAAUGUGUGAUUGCAAGCAUUUCACAACGGGAACAGAUUGUGAAGCUUGUUUACCAAUGUAUAGAAAUCGAAUGUGGAGGCCUGGUAAUGCCACAAACGCUAAUCCUUGCGAAAGGUGCCAAUGUUUUGAUCAUGCGCAGUCCUGCACAUACAGUGCGUUUCUAAAUCAAGGUAUAUGCGACAACUGUGUGCAUAACACGCGUGGCGUGCGGUGUGAUCAAUGUGUGGAAAAGUUUUACAGAGAUAUGAACAAGCCAUUAAAUGACCCCAAUGUUUGCAUACCAUGUGACUGUUAUCAGCCAGGUAUUCUAGACGAUGGCAAAUGUUUGCAAUCUGCCUCAUCUGCUAACGUUCUUGGACAGUGCAAUUGUAAACCUGGUAUCUACGGACGACGUUGCGAUCAGUGUCUCCCUGGAAAAUGGGGAUACAUCGUCCCUCCCGUGGGAACAUGUUUCGAUUGUAACUGCAAUGUGUUCGGUACUUUACACAAUAACCAAACAUGCGACCCAUACAACGGCCAAUGCACAUGCAAAGCGUUCACAUCUGGAAGACAAUGCGAUGUAUGUAAAGAUGGUUACUACAGAUUUCCAACAUCAGCCGGCACCGACUGCAUUCCUUGUCCGUGCAAUCUCGGUGGAGCCAAUCCUUCUUGCAAUAAGAUCACAGGAAUUUGUUCAUGCAAAACUGGAGUGACUGGUCCAACAUGUGACCGAGUUCAAUUGGGAUUUUUCUUUCCCAAUUUUACACACAUCAAAUAUGAACCUGAAUUUUCUUCGGCGAACGGUUCUUUUAGCUGGCAUUUUCUGGUGCGUAAUUAUGCAAGAUUUUUUACAGGUCUUGGUUUUGCACGUUUGAAUGGGGGACAGUCAAUUUCGUUCACUUUUAGCGUUCCUACCACAGCUAGAUAUUUUGUUCUUCUCCGAUACAGUUUAUACAACUAUGAUUGGUACUCCUCUAUCCUACCUCAAGGAAGAGAACGCGUCGACUGGUCUGGUUCCACCAAUAUGCAAACUUACUUGAAGCCAUCAGAUCGGCCAAAUCAAUGGUUAUUUUCACUGAAAAUUAUGACGACCAGUGGCUCCCUUGUGAAGUCGUACUCAUUUUCAUUACAAGAUUUGAAACUAGGUGACGACAAUAGCUGGAUUUCUACGUCAUACGUCGAACUUUCAGCUGGCAUGUUGUAUAAUUUCUCUUUGACGUAUGAAUCGUCGUCUUUAAAUUACGGCAUCCCGUGGCCUCUGUUAUUAGAUUCGUUUAUUCUUAUGUUGGAUUACAACUGGGCUUCUUACUUCACAACCAUGUCCAAUGCUAGAGUCAAGAAUGAGAUCAUCACUUGCUACACAAAUAGCAGAGCUUUAGCUACAACAUACAGCUUACCUUCGCAGUGUGGUCCGCCCACCUUUACUAUUGACUUACAACUUUACAACAAAGCCUUAGCUUGUAACUGUUUCCAACCAGGUUCGUUCUCAUGGACGACAUGCGCAGAGUUCGGCGGCCAAUGCCAUUGUAAGGUUGGAUAUGGCGGACGAAGAUGUGAUCAAUGUAUUCCAGGUUAUUAUGGGAACCCAACAUCUGGAUGCUUACCAUGUCAAUGUUCUCCCGCAGGAAGUCUGUCAAACGCGUGUAAUCACAUUACUGGACAGUGUUUGUGCAAACAAAACGCGCAUGGUUUAAAAUGCCAUGAAUGUUUGCAUGGUUUCUUUCACUUGAGCAUAACUAACCCAAAAGGUUGUCAGGGAUGUUUUGGUUAUGGCCAUCUAUCGUCUUGUACUACGGCAAUUGGUUUCGUGAGAAGCUAUGUUGUAACUAGGUUUACAACUACGUCAUCAUUCGAAGGUUGGAAGUUGAGAGGUGUCUCCGGUCAAGACAACACGAACUUACUUAUCAAAACUUCUCUCGGCAUGGAAUACACGGACGACAGUAACAUGCGACGUUACUUCAGUGCGCCUGCAGCGUAUCUGGGUGACCAACUUUACUCAUUUGGACAAAUGCUCGCAGUCAAUAUGGAGAUAUAUCCCAUCCUAGACAGACUUGCAAACGUAGAUUGGCAUGUACGCUUGAUUGGGAAUCAACAAAUAGCUUUGUUUAAAUUUAGAGAAGAAAUUUCAAGAUCUCGCACCAAGUAUACAAUCCUUUUACAUCAAAAUUUUAUGCUGGGAAACAAAACUCUGUCAGAGUUCGAUUUUAAGGCUAUGUUAGGUCAACUGACAGCCCUGCACAUAGGCGUGGUGUACUUUGAAGCUCCUGUUACUGUCACUGUGAAAGAAGUGAUGUUAUAUUCAGCGAAGUUCAUGCCAUCAAAUACUAACAUCUCUCUCAUGAUGAACUACAUCGAGAACGCGCGCUGUUUACAAGGCUACAAAGGUCUAUCCUGCGAAACAUGCGCACCUGGUUACACAAGAGUCAUCCCAAGUGGUGGACCACUUGUCAAUUGUGUUCCCUGUGCAUGCAACAACAGAUCCACUAUAUGUGAUCCAAGUACAGGAGUUUGUAGCAACUGCAGAGCGGGAACAGAGGGCAGUUACUGUGAGAAGUGUCUACCUAAUGUGAUGGAACCUGGAUGUGACCAAUGCCAAACUGGUUUCUGGGGUUUAUUUACUCAAGUCAAUGGCUGCAAACCUUGCAACUGUUACCUGCCAGGGACAGAUGGAGGAAACAAUAAUAAUUGUGGUGGAUUCCGUGGUCAGUGUGUCUGCAACAAAACUUUAAACGUAGGUGGUAGACAGUGCAAUGUUUGUAAGGAGAACGCCUACAACAUUUCAUUAGGAGAUGAUCUCCGUUGCCAAGAAUGUCCAGUAUGUUAUGGAUUGAUUGAGAAUUCAGUGCUUCUAGUACGAAAAAAUAUUUUUGAGGUUCAAGUGGACAUCUCCAAUGUGAUGACGUCGCUGUCUGCAAGAAAGAUCAUUCCUUUUCUGCAAGGCAUCACCUCUAUGCAGGGAUCGCUUGAUAAUCUAACUCUUACUGCAAACGCAGCCAAGGCCACUUUAACUGGUCUCGAUUUCCUUUGGCAAUCGCUAGAAAACAAAAUCAACGUAUUUUUAACAACUUUGCAAGGUUCCACUGUAACAAAGAUGUAUAUUCUACUAAACGAGUCAAAUGCAAUCUUCGCCAUUCAUAAUACAACUGUGUACCAGUACUCCAAUAUUUACAGCCUUCUUAUCAGAAGUCACAAUCUGGUUAACAUUACGGUUCGCGCGCGCAUGCUCCAACAAAUUGUAGCGCUGAAUCAGCUAAAUAAUCUAGCCAAUGAAAUGACAGGAUAUGUGACAAUGGCAACAACAAACGCAAACUCGGUAUCAACAAAAAAAGAAGACUUGAUCCAAAAAAUUCAACUGUCAAUAAAUGCUGCUUCUCAAGCUGCAAACAUGGCGCUAACCAUACGAUAUCAAGCUUUUAAUCUCACAAGUACUUUAACCCCUGUUCACACAAGAGGAACAGCUGUCCAAGUAUACGCUCAAACCUGCAUUGUUUCCAUACAGAAAUGGAUAACUGAAUCAACCAACGCUUUAGCUUAUGCACAGAAGAUGUUAUCGUCCAUUGCCAUAUCUAUACCAGAUAACUCAGUGAAUAUAACAGCUCUAAAAGCCGUCACAACUUCGCUAUCCAACGAAAACAGAGCAUUUACGACAAAGAUUUUCCGAUUAACAAAUGACGUAAACGCAGUUGCCAUGGAGAUAACAAAGCUGAAAGCAUCACUUUUGUUAACUCGUGUUUCUUCAGCAGAACGCAGAUCGUCAAUAUACAACGCGGAUCUUCGUAUUCUCAAGAAUAAGUCAGAUAGUGCUGUAGCGACCGGACAGGCGGUUCUGAGUGAAGCGACCAGCAUGUUGAAUACAGUGCGAAAUUUUAUGACUGUCGCUGCUCAAGCCCAAAGUGCAGCUAAUCAAGCUUUAACGAAGGUCAAUUCCGUUCGAUCAUCAGUUGAAUUUGCACUUUCAACUGUCCUGUCAAUCAGCAGUCAAAUACAAGCACCAAAACAAACUGCAACUCAAGCUUUAGCCAUCAUGAACGAAGCCUAUCAAAUCAGUGCUGCGGAACACACCAUGGUGAUGUCUGUGUACCAACAAGCCAUUUCUUUACGCACGCAAACAGAAUCAGCUCAGAUGCUGGUGCAAGGUGCAGAAAUACGAAAUUAUAUCGACAGUCAGCUACAACCACUACUUACACAAUGCUCAACGUAUAAGACACAAAGCACUACAGCUCUAACAUCUGCUCAAAAUGCACUGAGCAAAGCUCAACAAGCUCACCAGGCUGCUUUAACAACUGCGCAAAAAAUUUCCGUACUAUCGACCAACAUAAACAAUUUACAAACAAUAACUACAGUUCAAUUAGAUAACUUAUUGUUGGCAAUCAACCGAGUGAGAAUUAGAUAUACCUCAUUAGGUCUGACAACUGGCAUCACAAGACUUCGUGCAGAGUUGGUCAUCCAAACUAAUAAAAUUAGCAGCUACCGAUUAAAUAAUAAUAACUUGCGAGCAAAAAUUCAAUCAUAUAAACUUGUUCAGCAGUCUUUGACAUCGAUGACGUGUUGAUGAUUCAACGAAUGAUUUCUUUCUUUCCGCAAACCCUGCGGUGGAGAGACUGAAUAAAGAUACGGGAAGAAAAAAGAACGCUAAAUCACUUGUUCAAAGUAAUGCAACUCAUUGCCUGAAGUGAUACCUUUGUAUUUGAGGACAAUUAGAGAUUGGGUGAUCAUUAUAGUCGAGAUACGGGUAAUGGUACUUAUGUUUACCACGAAUAUGAAGAACAUGUAUAGAUAAAAAAAUACUUUAAAAAUGAAUAUUCUCCUCGGUCAACCAUUUUGCACAAAAGGCCAGAGAAAUAUAUUUUUCAGUGGAACAGAGAUGCACAAUUUGACUCUUUUUGGGUUUCAUAAAAAUUUUGCACAGAUAUGUAGAUUUAAAAUGUGAAAAGAAGAUAUUUACAACCGAAAGUUAGUUUGUAAAUCAUAAAGUGCCGUAGUUUGCUUCAACAUCGACUCGCACUUUCAACUUAGCUUGCAGAUUGGAUAGCAAAUUUAUGUGAAAUUUCAUAGAAAAAAUUAAUCGAGAAUGUAGCUUGUAUAUAUAUAUACUGUCAGUUUUUGUAAACGAAAAAAAUAUCUAGGUUAUCUAUUA